AUUCUUAUCUUAUUCAUAUCGUCUUGUCUUAUCGUUUAAUAAUUAAAGUGAAAAAAUUGCUCUAUUAAAGCUGAGCGUAUUUAUUUUGAGCGUGAACUUGAAGAGCUCUGUUCAUCCAGCAAACACAAUGUAACAUGUAACAUACUUGUUAAUUGUAAUUUCUUAUUCAACAAUGUUAUGUAAUGUAACUAUUAUAUAACAUAUGUAACUAUUAUAUAACGUAUGCAUUUACUGGACAUGUUUAGCAUUGUGCGCAACUUACAUGAAAAAUAGAACAUAGGAGCGAACUCUCGGCGAUGCUUGAAAUAAACCAGUUUCAUAUCAACAUUGUACUUAUUAUUCAGAUAAAAUAAAAUACUCCGAGGUCGGUCUGAAUGCACUCAAAACAUCCUAUAACAUUUUUUAAAGCACCUUGGACACAUUUAGAGUAAUUUUGCGACAUCUUGUACUAUCUUGAUAGAACUUAUUAAACUGUAAACUUUUAUCAGUAUUUACUUUGUCUCGUUGCUCCACACACACAGAACUACUUUGACAGCAAAGACAACGGAAACUACCGGAGAUAGUCUCGUGUGAUUAAUUAUUUCUAAUGAUUAUACAUCGAUUGCUUUCGUAAUCACGUGUAAUUGUAAUAUUUGCGAUUUGUGUGUGUAAAUUGCGCACGGUACGACAAGAGCAAAAGCGAUACGAUUGAUUAUAAGUUGUAGUUCAAGCGAGCUUGUAAUUUUCGUCUUAGAAAUUCUGCGAUGGAAUUUCUCGCGAAUUAGAGGAUAGCGUCUAAUAUUAUGGGAGUACGUGGGAGUAAUUUCAUCGAUUCCGGGAUGCGACAAACAUACGCUUAUGACAUAUUGUAUCCGUUCGUCUCCGCAAAUUGUUACGGAAUUAUUACCGGAACUGCAAGACGAAACGUCACGUGAUAAGAGAUAGCUACAAUCUCACAAGUAACUUUUACGCUUUAUAAAUGUUGCAUAUAGCACAUUAUAUGAAGUGUGCAUGUCAACUGGGUAAACAUUAAUCAACAGUUAAUGUUAUAUCAACAACGUAAUCUCAUAUUUAAUAAUGGCUGUCUUACUUUUAAACGGAAGACGAUGUCCUCGAAGCGACCGCGAGAUUACGAAAGAACGAAAAACAAUUACGCCGAAUUUCCAUUUGCGGAUGAGUCUAUCAAUUGUUUAUAUCUUGGGCACAUGGCCACCGCGCGCAGGAAAAUAUCGGAUUUUAUAUUUGUUCUAUACCGCUUGUAUCUUCACCUUCAUGCUGGGUGUCUUCCUCGUUACUGAGAUAGCGAACCUGUUUCUAAACUUGGGAGAUCCCGUAAAGAUAAUCGCAGGUGCGACUCUUCUUAUGACGAAUUGCAUCCACGCUUCCAAGGUGAUCAUCCUUUUAUGUCGUCAAGCGCGAAUUCAAACGCUUUUGGAUUCAGCCAACAGUCGCGCCUUCAAUUGCCAUGACAAAGCGCAUCGAAAUCUUCUGAUGAAAUACACAUGGAAGGGUCUUUUGCACCAUGCAACCUAUCAAAGUUUCGGUGCAACAGCGGUACUCUGCUGGGGCUUCACUCCCAUCGCUGACCUGAUUGCCGGUCGUGCGCGCAGAUUGCCGAUGGAGGGAUGGUACCCUUACAACGUGACGAGAACUCCAGCUUUCGAAAUCACUGCGGGGCAUCAGGGUGUCGCAUGUAUAAUCGCGUGCUGCCAUAAUGUAGCAAUGGAUACGCUAAUCACGGGUUUAAUUACAGUCGCUUGUUGCCAGCUGGCUAUAUUAGAACAAAAUAUUAUCUCGAUAGAUAACAAAAGGAGCAUCCAUGAUCCCAAUGCUCUCCUCCAUAUUCCCAAUGCUAAGAACGAAUCGAACGAAAUCUCAGAAAAUGAGCAUCUGUCUUAUCAACAACUCAAACGAGGCGUCAUGCAUAACAAUAUGAUAUUUUAUUUCACGAGGGAAAUCCAAGACAUCUUCGGCACCGUGAUCUUUCUUCAAUUUCUUUCCAACUGCGUAAUCAUCUGUCUAAUCGCGUUUACUGUGUCGCAGAUGAAGGAAUACAUCCCAGCAGUGCUUAUUGGCAUGUUGAUGUAUAUGUGUUGUAUGACAUACCAGAUAUUUAUCUUCUGUUGGCACGGUAAUGAAUUGCAUCUCCAUAGCUUACGCAUAGUUACUGCAGCGUACUCGAGCAAAUGGUUCUCGGGAACAGAAGGAUUCAAGCGUGGAUUACAAAUUAUGAUGACAAGGGCUCAUCGUCCGUUCACUCUAAGUGCCGGCAACAUCAUGUUGCUAUCAUUGGACACUUUCGUGCAGAUACUAAAGAUGUCCUACUCGAUCUUUACGGUGCUUCAAAGCUCAGCCGCUUAGGCAAUGCCUUGGCCACCACCGAUACAAGCUGAGCCGAUACCUAGUUUUCCUGCUUUCCGUCUCCUGUGAGAAAAAACACAGAUACAGAGACGUACCGAAGUUCGUACACUAAGUGAGCGGUGAUUCUACUACCAGAAGCAGCUAAUGGAUGUCCCAGAGCAAUAGCUCCACCAUUCACGUUCAAUUUGUUCAGAUCUAGAUUAAGUUCCUUUGCGCAGGCCAAAGUUUGAGCUCCAAACGCC